UAAGUUUAGCUUUCUAAGAGCAUCAAACAUGAAGGAAUUAUUUUUCAUGUUUCAUGUGCUCCUUGUGUCGUCUAUAUUAUCGUAUAAAAGUAGUGGCCUCAUGCCCAAGAUUAGAGAUAAUAUGUUGAAUGAGAGUAAAAUUAAUUGUAGGCCGGGAGAGAGCAAUGGCGCUGGAGUUGGGAGUGGAAAUAGACUUCAAUAUGACAGUAAGUGUAACGCUGAUGGUACUGAAAAUGAUUGCUGUGGCUGUGGAGAUGGGAAUGGUGGGGGAGGCUUGGGAGGUGGUGGUAGUAGUAAUUUUGGCGGUGGACGUGGUGGUGGAGGUGGUGUAGGGGGCGGAGGAGGUGGUGGCGGCGGUGGAGGGGAUGCAGGGGGAUCUGGCGGAGGUUUUGGCUUUGGGAACAAUAAUGAAAAUAAUGGAGGUGGUGGCGGAGGCGGUGGGGGUGGCGGUGGUGGUGGUGGAGGAGGUGGAGGGGGUGGGGUUGGCUAAAGGAAGAGCGUCAUGGAUUUCCACAAAAGCUUGUAAUUCAGUUCAGAAUUGUGGCAUGUUUCUAGGAUGCAUUAGCCCAAAAUAAAGAUUUUGAAUUUUCAGAUGUAUUUUGUGAAUUGAUUUGCUGGACAUGGUGACUCUUAUGUUUAUUAUUUCAUAUCUGACAUUGUAAUAUUUUUUAUUUUUUUAUUUUUUAUCAUUCAUAAUAAGAUCAGCCAAUUUACUAUAUGUCAGAUAUGAACUGGCCUGACAUUAAUUUAAGAACAAACAUACACUGUCGCGGGCAAGAACAAGCCGUACAGAUGUUCACCAUGCAAAACGGAAGUUUAGUAUCGAUCACAUAACUAUGGACUUUUAUAUAUUUCAAAUUUCAUUCUUUCUAUUACGAUAAUUAAUUGGCUUUUUUUCUUCCAAAUUAGAAAGGAAAGGAUGA